ACAAAGAGAAGCACGCUUGGCAUCGGAGCAUCCCACCCUUUUCACGUCCACGUCCUUUCUAGAACCGCCCACCCCGGCCCAAAACCUCUAAGCCCCCCCUCCCUCUCUCUCACACACGGAACCGGUCCGAGGCCCGCUCGCACGCAGAUCCACCAUGACAAGUAACGGUGCCACCAACGGAACCAGCGACAUGCUGCAGAUCCAGUUCGGCCUCAUCAACUGCGGGAACAAAUACCUCACGGCCGAGAUGUUCGGCUUCAAAAUCAACGCCUCUGCCACCAGCAUGAAGAAGAAGCAGAUCUGGACCCUGGAGCAGAGCGGCGACGACGCCAGCGGGAACGUGUUCCUUCUCAAGUCACAUCUGGGUCGCUACAUCGCCACGGACAAGGACGGCAACGUGACCGGGGACAGCGAGACUCCGGGCCCGGAGUGCCGCUUCAUCAUCACGGCGCACGACGACGGCCGCUGGUCCCUGCAGUCCGAACCCUUCGGGCGCUACCUGGGCGGCACCGAGGACCGGAUCAUUUGCUUCGCUCAGACGGCGUCUGUGGCGGAGAAAUGGAGCGUCCACAUCGCCAUGCACCCGCAGGUGAACAUCUUCAGCCUGACGCGCAAGCGUUACGCGCACCUGAGCUCCAAGGUGGACGAGAUCGCCAUCGACAGGGACGUGCCGUGGGGCGUGGACUCCAUGAUCACGCUGGUGUUCCGAGAGCAGCGCUACCACCUGCAGACGUCCGACAACCGCUUCCUGAGGAACGACGGCGUCCUGGUGGCCACCGCGGACAAGAGCACCGGCUACACGCUGGAGUUCAGGUCCGGGAAGGUGGCGUUCAGGGACUGCGGAGGCAAGUAUCUGGCGCCGUCCGGGCCCUCCGGCACCAUGAAGUCCGGCAAGAGCUCCCGCGUGGGCAAGGACGAGCUCUUCCAGCUGGAGCAGAGCCACCCGCAAGUGGUCCUCACCGCUGCCAACGAGAGGAACGUCUCCACCCGGCAAGGUAUGGACCUGUCUGCCAAUCAGGACGAGGAAGGUGACCAGGAAGUCUUCCAAGUGGAGAUCUGCCGCGAGAACAGGAAGUGUGCGUUCAGGACCGCCGCUGGGAAAUACUGGACCCUGACUGCCAACGGAGGCCUGCAGUGCACCGCUUCCUCCAAGUCAGCUAAUUGCUACUUCGACAUCGAGUGGCGUGGGAAGAGGCUGACUCUGCGGGCCGCCAACGGGAAAUAUGUCGCCGCCAAGAAAAACGGCCAGCUAGCAGCCACCAUCGACUCGGCCGGCGAGUCCGAGGAGUUCAUCAUGAAGCUGAUCAACCGUCCCAUCAUCGUGCUGCGUGGCGAGCACGGCUUCAUCGGCUGCAGGAAGGUGACGGGGACCCUGGACUCCAACCGCUCCUCCUACGACUACUUCGCGCUGGAGUUCCGAGACGGCGCCUACAGCCUGCAAGACUCCACUGGAAAAUACUGGAUGGUCGGGAACGAGCAGGCGGUGGUGAGCAGCAGCGACACGCCCGUCGACUUCCUUUUCGAGUUCUGUGACUACAACAAGCUGGCCGUGCGCCACGCCGCCGAUGGCAAGUACCUCCGCGGCGACCACGCCGGCGUGUUGAAGGCCAACGCCGACGACCUGGAGACGGCUACGCUGUGGGAAUACUGAGAGGGAAAAGAAGAAGAAGAAGAAGUGGCGGGGAUUGGGGGGUGGAGGAGAUGCCCACCCAUCACCGCGUCUUACCUAUACACCCCUCCCCCGCUCCCUUAUGUGGCGUCUUGUAUGACUUUACAUGUUGAACUGCACAUGAGAGGAUGGUUCGUUCUCUGCCUCCUUAUCCUUCCUUCCUUCCUUCUUAUCCCACCCUUUUCCCAGCUGCCAACCUUUAUGUUGCCAUAGUUACCACGGGGCUGUGCACUUUUCCACACCACCCACCCCCACCUCGCUCACACUCUGUCUCGCUGCUCGACCCCCCCCCUUAUUAUCACUCACUCCCUCGUCGCCUUAGCACCUACUGGACUUCUCCUCUUUCUACUGGUGUCUGUUGUAUAUUGGUGUUCUAAUGGCGUUCUACUCCAUUCCCAAAAAAAGUAGAAGCCAAUCUGGAAGCGUCUAUGAAAACCAGAUAUGUGUAUGUUUUCCGGCCCUGUUGAUGAUAAUGAUAUUGAUGACACGUAAACUAGCUUCAUGUGUUGUCCUCUUGCUGUGUUCCUAUUGGUCGGUGGGGAGAUUUUUUUUGGGACCAGACGGGAUAUAGGAAGUCGAUGCACCUUCCCCCGCCUAUUGUCCCCUGAACAGUUAAAUUUAAAAAAUUAUAAUAAUUUGGGCUUGGAAGUGUGGAUAUCGGUCAAAAGUCCAAGGCACAGACAUUAUUAUCAUGGCACAGUAUCAAGUAGGAAAG